AUGAAUGACUCUCUUUCUGAGGCCCGUGGCGACUUUUCCUCACCACCACCUAUAAGCUAUCACCGCAUGUUGCGGCAUGCUAAACACGCUGUAAUGAGUCUCACUUUUUUAUUUCGUCUUGAUAUACGUCGUUCGCGCAAAACAUGCCUUUUCCAACUAAAUGCGAUACUAAGUGCCUUAGCACCUCUGCUGCUGUUUUAUCGCGUCUUCCAACAGCUGGUGUACCACUUUGCAGUUUAUUGCUUCCUACCGGACUUCUCUUUACUUCGACUGGCCCAUUUCAGUCCAACGAUGCUUAGCAGUGUAUUGCCUUCAUAA